CUAGCCACAUGGUAAUAGGAUGCGUAAAGUAAAGUCGGCGGGACAUAAGAACAAGCGGUGCCGGGAUGUUACCGAAUAGCUGAUCCGCGAGAGAUGAAGCACGUUUGCAACCGGUGGCUUCGAGGAACAAGAGAAGAUUGUUGAGACGUGAACACGGCCAUCACGAGUCUAAGCGCAGCACUGUUCGGCAUUUCGCGUCUAUGUACACGCGCGCCCAAGGCUUAUCGCUUAACCCUCACCAUCCUCACCCUGCCGAGCAUUGCCGAAUAUGGACGGACAGCGUUGCGGGGCGCUAGCCGGAUUCGAGGCCAAGCAAUGUAAUUGGUUGAUCGACGUCAUCAGAUUUGAUCGCGCACUAACGAGUUCCGAAUAAAGUCAAGCUCAAGUCAAGUGUGGGGUAAUCGCGCUUGUUCCGAGCUCUCCCUCCUCCCGCUGCACGACCAUGUCCAAGUUCGAGCCCAACGGCAGAUCCGCCGUCAAGCGCACGUUUGCAGGCCAAGGCAGACUUCCCAAGCUUCCCAUCCCGCCAUUGGAGGAGACCUGCCGCCGGUACCUGACGGCUCUCAAAGCGUUACAAAGCGACGAAGAGCACGAGCUCUCGGCAGCUGCAGUCAAGGAGUUUCUAGAGACGGAUGGACCGAGGAUACAGGAAGUGCUGCUGAAGUGGGCCGAGGGCAAAGACAGCUACAUCGAAGAGUUCUGGUAUGAAUCUUAUCUGUCCCACUCGGAUCCCGUUGUAUUGGCGUUGAAUCCGUUCUUCGUCCUCGAGAACGACCCGUCGCCAGAUCGCGGGCUGCAGCUUCCCCGGGCGGCCUCGCUGAUCGUUUCCUCCCUCGGCUUCAUUCACGAUCUACGUGCGGAGAUUCUUGAACCGGACAAUGUGCGAGGUGUGCCCUUGGACAUGGACCAGUACCGCCGUCUCUUCGGCACUGCGAGAAUACCCACUCUGCGAGGAUGCAAGAUGCACAGCAACCCGAGUUCGAGACACAUCGUUGUGCUUCGGCGUGGCCAGUUCUACUGGUUUGACGUGCUUGACGAGGACAACCUCCCUGUGCUGACGGAGCGAGAAGUUAUCCGCAAUCUGCAAGCUAUCGUCGAAGAUGCAGAUAAGACCCAUAUAUCCGAGGUGGCCCGUGGUGCGAUUGGCGUGUUGUCGACGGAGAAUCGCAAAGAAUGGUCCCGGCUCCGGACGACUCUCUCGACAGACAGCCACAACGCUUCCUGUCUCGAGAUUGUAGACAACGCAUUGUUCAUCGUUUGUCUUGACGAUGCGGCGCCCAAAGAUCUCGCGGAGCUCUGCGAUAACUUCCUCUGUGGAACCUACCAGCUUGACGGCGGCGUCCAAAUCGGAACCUGCACCAACCGGUGGUAUGACAAGUUGCAGAUUAUCGUGUGCGCCGAUGGAGCUGCUGGGAUCAAUUUCGAGCAUACGGGUGUGGAUGGACACACUGUUCUCAGAUUCGCCGCGGACAUCUUCACCGAGGGGCUCAUGCUUCUCGCGCGCUCAAUCAAUCCCUCCGCGCCGACACUAUUCCACGCGCCUCUUUCCCCUCACGCCAAGUCCUUUAAGCCGCCUAAAGGCAAGGUGAAUGGUGUCUCACCUGUGCGCUCUACGAUCGACACCACGCCCAAGAAAUUGGAGUGGCAGUUGUCGUCGGAGCUGCGGGUCGGGAUCCGCUUUGCCGAGACGCGUCUGAGCGAUCUGAUCUGCCAGAAUGACUGCCAGGCGUUAGAGUUCAGCGGCUACGGCAAGAAUUUCAUCACAAGUCACGGAUUCAGUCCGGACGCUUUUGUCCAGAUGGCAUUCCAAGCAGCUUAUUUUGGGCUUUAUGGCCGAAUCGAAUGCGUGUAUGAGCCUGCAAUGACCAAGUCGUUUUUACAUGGACGGACGGAGGCUAUCCGAUCCAUUCAGCCGCAGAGUGUGGCGUUCACAAAGGUGGCCUUUUACUCGGAUGCUUCGGCUUCCGACAAGAUUGCGGCCCUGCGAAAGGCUUGUGAAGGACAUGUUGCGCUUACGAAGGAAUGCAGCAAAGGGUUGGGUCAAGACAGACAUCUGUACGCGUUGUACUGUCUGCUCCAGCGUCAGAUGAGCGGUGAACUGGAUCCAUCUCCGGAUGUCCCCGCUCCAUGGACUGGGAGUCCGAAGACGAUGCCCACGAUAUUUACUGACCCUGGAUGGAGCCUUAUCAGCACGUCCAUUUUGUCUACAUCCAAUUGUGGUAAUCCGGCUCUGCGACUGUUUGGAUUCGGCCCAGUCGCAGCUGACGGGUAUGGUAUCGGAUAUAUCAUCAAGGAGGACGGACUUUCGAUUUGUGCUUCGUCAAAGCACCUCCAGACUCGUCGCUUCCUAGACACUCUCAAGAGCUAUCUACUUGAUGUCCAGCGUAUUCUGAUCCAGCUUUACUCUAACGCCAAUGCACGCCAGGCACCCUUCGUUGAUCACAGCGGUGUGUUGCGGGAUUCGAAGACCGGGCGGGCUCUGAAUGGCAACUCGGACGACGAGGACUCAGGGGAAAUCGACAUUUCGGGUUAUUCCUUUUUCGAUACAAAUGAUGUCAAGCUUCUCGGGCAGCGCAAGGUGUCUCCGUAUUCAAACAUUGGCAAGGUCAUUCAGAUUGCGGAGUACUAGGGAUAUAUUAUAUGUUAAAUGUACAAUUAUUGUACCGUUUGUCCAUAAAUUUAAUUGAAGGCUAUAAAUUCACAGGUGUUGAAU